UCCACACCACACGCAUUACUGUUGCUGCAAAACGAUUUUGAUCAUAUAACUUAAAAGAAAUAAGAGUAGUUAGUAAAUAUUUAUGAGAAAGAAGUGAUAAAUACUUUUACUACAGUUCUGCAUACCGGUUGAAAUUUGUCAUUUGUCAUGGCUACUUCGUUAUUGCUGCCUUUUAUUCAAAAAGUUAGAAUUCCAACUUCUGGAGAUAAAGUCUACAAAGAUGAAUGCGUUUUGUGCUUUGAUACACCGGAAUCUGACGAUGGCUUGUAUGUAUGUAUGAGUACAUUUUUGGGAUUUUGUCAUAAACAUGUUGAAAGUUACUUUUUUAAGACUUCCAAUUCACUCUUUCUUCAUCUUAAAAGAUACAAGAGAGAGGCUAAACGUAAACAACUUUUCUGGAAGCCUUUGGUGCCAAUGAAACUUCGCGAGAUUUGCUACCGUGCACUUCAGGUUCAAGAAGAUGCGCCUGCAAGCACUCCAACUAAAUUAGCCAUUGGUUUAGAAGGUGGCUUUAAUGUAGAUGGGAAAAAAUAUGAAUAUGUGGAUCAUAACAAUCUAAUUCUUCUGCCAGAAUUCCAUAUUAUUUCUUUACCUUGUCCUGAUUUACCUGAAUCUGUCCAGCUUAGUAUUAGUUCUCUUCUUGAAAUUGAUGCUGCCAUUAUUCAAGAAGAAGCUGCAGCAUUGGCUGGAACUUGGGACGGGAUGCAGCGAAAAGUUACCAAGCAUGCCAAUACCUUAGUUCAACUUGAUAAUGGUGUAAAAAUUCCACCAAGAGACUGGCAGUGUCAAGUUUGUGGUUUAAAAGAAAAUCUUUGGCUGAACUUGACAGAUGGCGCGAUUCAUUGUGGUAGGAAGUAUUUCAAUGGUCAGGGAGGUAACAAUCAUGCUGUUGAACACUAUGAAAAGACUAAAUAUCCACUGGUUGUGAAACUGGGUACUAUAACUUCUGAUGCCUCUGAUGUUUAUUCUUAUGAUGAGGAUGAUAUGGUGGAAGAUCCUAAUCUUCCUCAACAUUUGGCUCAUUUUGGAAUCAAUAUUAAAGAUUUGCAAAAGACUGAUAAAUCUAUGAUUGAAUUAGAAAUUGAUUUGAAUCAACGUAUUGGAGAAUGGGCUAUAAUACAAGAAUCUGGUACAAAAUUAAUUCCCUUGUAUGGUCCAGGUUAUACAGGCUUAGAAAAUUUGGGAAAUUCUUGCUAUCUCAAUUCUGUAGUGCAAGUUCUUUUCAACAUACCAGAUUUUAUAAAUUGUUAUUUUAAAAGAUGUGGAGACAUAUUUGGUGAAUUUAUAAAUGAAGCACCAAGAAAUUUCAAUGUUCAAAUGGCAAAACUUGGUUAUGGUUUGUGGAGUGGAGAAUAUUCCAAGCAACCUGAAAAUGUGAAAGAUUCUCAAGAAGCUGUUUUGGAAUUGCCAGGAAUUAAACCUCGUAUGUUUAAAAAUCUCAUUGGCCAGGGACAUCCAGAGUUUUCAACUAAAAGGCAGCAAGAUGCUCAAGAAUUCUUCCUGCACUUGAUAAGUGUUUUAGAGCGAAAUUCUCGUGGCAGAGAAAAUCCAGCUGAUGCCUUGAAAUUUGAAGUUGAAGAACGUUUACAGUGUUCUGCUUCAAAGAAAGUCAAAUAUACUACAAAAACUGAUUAUCUUUUGUCACUUCCAAUACCUCUAGAUGCUGCUAUUAAUAAAGUGGAACUUGAUGCAUUUGAAAUAAAAAAGGCUGAAGUACUAGCUAGAGGUGAUCGAUUGAAACCAGAUGAAAUUGUUAGACCUAGAAUACCUCUUCAAGCUUGUAUAGAUUCUUUUUCAUCUAUGGAACUAGUUGAUGACUUUUACAGUACAGCAAUAAAUGCUAAAUCAACUGCUAACAAAACUACUAGGUUACACACCUUUCCUGAUUACUUAGUAUUGCACCUGAAGAAGUUUACAAUUGGUGAUGACUGGGUUCCAAAAAAGUUAGAUGUUUCUCUUGAUGUACCUGAUGAAUUAGAUUUAUCUUCACUUCGAGGAAAGGGUAUGCAACCAGGAGAAGAAGAACUUCCUGAAUCAGUAUCUACUGAAAAGGAAUUUGAAUAUAAUGAAGCAUUGUUAUAUCAGUUGUGUGAUAUGGGAUUUCCUGUUGAUGCAGGCAAGAAAGCUUUAUAUUUUACUCAAAAUGAAGGUAUAGAUGCUGCCAUGAACUGGGUUAUGGAGCAUAUGAAUGAUCCAGAUUUCAGAGAUCCUUUUCAUCUUCCUGGUGCUAUGAAAGGGAAAACUAGCUUUACUCCUAAUCCAGAAGCUGUUUCUACUAUAGUUUCUAUGGGUUUCACGCCUUCACAGGCUGCUAAAGCAUUAGAAGCAACUGAAAAUAAUUUGGAAAGAGCUGUAGACUGGAUUUUCAGUCAUGCAGAAGAAAUGGAGGUAGAUUCACCUUCUGCACCAGAAGUAAAAGCUCAAUUUCGUGAUGGAAUUGAAAAGUAUAAGUUGGUGGCCUUCAUAAGUCAUAUGGGAACUUCUACUGUCGCUGGCCAUUAUGUGUGUCACAUUUUAAAAGAUGGUCGUUGGGUUAUUUUCAAUGAUAACAAAGUUGCCUUGUCUGAGAAUCCUCCUAAAGACUUAGCAUAUAUAUACAUCUAUCAACGAAUAUCUUCAUCAUAAAACUAUUUAUUCACAUUAUAAACUGAAUGGUUAACCAAAUACUGUAUGUUAAAUACAUUAACUUGUAUUAAACUUUAAGUUUUUUUCUUCUUUUUUACAUUUUUUAAUUUUGUAUCACCUUCUGUUUUUAUUACACAUGAUUUUUUUUAUUAAGUAAUGACACUAGCUACCAAAGAUAAAAAUUUAUUAAAUAGCUUCAGUUAAAAAUUUUAAACAAAGAUCGAAAGUAAUAUAUAUUUGAGGAAUUUAACAGUGCUAUGUUUCUUCAUUUGGAAACAUAUUUAUGAAAUUAUCUAAUGCACACAAUUAAUGGAAGAAAAUUUCAAUUCGUAAGCAUUUUUUUUUUUUUUUUUUUUUUUACAUGUAAAAUAAUGUGUUCAUGAGAUUAUGGAGAUAUUUAGAAAUUUAUUGUGAGAACACAUUUUUGUUUAUUAAAAUCUUAUUGUAGUUCCUUUGAAGAUAAUUAGCAAUCAAAUUUUACUAAAAUAUAAUAGAAUACUUUUAUCUUUUCUGCUACACUAAAAAUAUAAAACUGUAUUUACCUAUGCAGAUUGUAAUUAAGCUAUUCUCUGUUUUGCUUGAAAGAGAUAGAAAAUCAAAACUUUGGGUGUGGUACUGUACUUCUGAGUUUUGAUAUGUGUAAUUUUUUAACUUCUUUCAAGUUUUUCAUUUAUUUUGGAAACCAUAGAUUUUUGUACUUAAAGCAUAUAAUUGUAAGUAAAAUUUAUUUUGGAUUACAAUGAAACUUAUGUUAGAAAGAAUAGAUGGAUUUCAUCUUAUGAAUAAAGCAAUAUGAUCGCCGAAACUUUGUGCCUGAAUUUAUGUAAGUUUGUUACUGAUAAAAUAUGUUUGUUUGACUUAAACUAAACUAAAUAAAAAGAGUGAUUUUUUUGGA